CACUGACUUCAUUGCUUCUUCCUCUCAGAAGCGAUGGCGGUUACUCUCUCCGCUGCAACUCUCUUCCCCAAUAGACUCGGAGUUCACAGGACCUCCACCAAUCAGACUUCGACGCGUGUAAUCCCCAGCGCAUCUCCGAACGCAAACGUUAGCUUCUGCAGCAGUAGAGUCAAUUUCUCACGAAGGCGAAGCGACGUCGUAGCGUUCUCUGCGGUGUCGGGCUCACCAGGAAUCGAGUCUUCUUCGAAUGCUGGAGAUACAGCAAGUUUGUUGGACUCAGUGAAGGUGUUUGAUCUGAACGGAAAUGGGAUUCCGAUUUCGGAUUUGUGGAAAGAUAGGACAGCUGUUAUUGCAUUUGCGCGCCAUUUCGGAUGUGUCUUUUGCCGCAAACGGGCUGACUAUCUUGCCUCAAAGAAGGAUAUAAUGGAUGAAUCUGGUGUGGCUCUUGUUUUGAUUGGACCCGGUAGUAUUGAUCAGGCAAAAUCGUUCUCUGAGAAAACCAAAUUCAAAGGAGAAGUUUAUGCAGAUCCCAGUCACUCGUCGUAUGAAGCAUUAAGAUUUGUUUCUGGUGUCACAACCACAUUCACUCCCAAAGCAGGUCUCAAGAUAAUACAGUUGUACAUGGAGGGUUAUCGACAAGACUGGAAGCUUUCCUUUGAACAGGACACCGUGAGCAGAGGCGGCUGGCAGCAGGGUGGAAUUAUAGUUGCAGGUCCUGGUAAAAGUAACAUAUUGUACAUUCACAAGCCGUACAGGAUAAAGAAGCCGGGGAUGAUCCAGAUAUCAAAGACAUUCUGAAAGCAUGUUGUGGGGUUUAAGUUCUGUGUAGUCCGACCUUUGCCAAUUGUUUGUACCUAUUUUUGGUAAACCGGCCCGUAAAUCAAUUGGCCGAUAGAUGAGGAAAAUAUAGUGCUUUUCUUGUUGAUACUCGAUAAAUUUCAUAUUUAUGAGAUUUUAUUAGAUAUUAACUUUUGGAGAAGAAAUGAGAAGAGAAGGAAAUAACGGCGAUAAUUAUUCUUUGA